AUGGAAGGAAUAGGGUACAGAAUCUAAAAACCACAACGCAAAACAGAAGCUCACCUUCCACCACUGACAGCAUGACUGGUUCAUUCUGUUCCCCUUGCUGCCAGCCUACAUGCUGCAGGACCACCUGCUGCAGGACCACCUGCUGCAAGCCCACAUGCUGUGUGUCCAGCUGCUGCCAGCCCAGCUGCUGUGGGUCCAGUGGCUGUGGACAAGGCUGCAGUGGGUCCAGCUGCUGCGGGUCCAGCUGCUGCCAACCUUGCUGCUGCCGCCCAACUUGCUGUCAAACCACCUGCUGUAGGACCACCUGCUGCAAGCCCACAUGCUGUGUGUCCAGCUGUUGCCAGCCUUGCUGCCGCUCUAGUUGCUGCUCCACACCAUGCUCCCAGCCAGCUUGCUGCAACCCUGUGUACUGCAGAAGAACCUGCUACCAACCCACCUGCUGCUGCCUGCCUGGGUGCCUAGCCCAAGGCUGUGGAUCCAACUGUUGUCAGCCUUGCUGCCAACCAACCUGCUGUCAGAAUAAUUGCUAAAGGACCACUCUCUUGUUGUGGUGUUCAGCUGCAGCCAAACAUUUUGCUGUUGGUUGCUUCACAAAGAAAUACAAUGUGCAAAAAAUGUUUGCCAUCACCCAUUUCCAAUCACUGUAAUGUUUAAGACUCAUCAGGCUAUUCCAAAGAAUGUGAAGUACCUUGAUGAAAUACAUGUCCCUUCUCACUGAGUCUGUUCUUUGUCUGUAAAUCAUGUGUCAGCUUCCUAUAUAGUGAUAUGGAUUCAUCAUAUCUGCAAUACAACACAGUGCAGAUCUCACUUCCAUCCCACUAAGGUGUAGAGAAAAAAAUUCAUGCAUCAUAGAUAAGUAUCUGCCACUAAUGAAAGUUUAGGAUCAAGUUUUCUAUUCCAUUCCUCACAGUCCUUGUACCCUCUUUUCGUCCUUGCAUGAACCUUUCAAAGGCCUCCCUCCAUGCAGUGUGGGGGGUGGUCUCACCUAUAUCUCUUAAUAAACCCUGUACCAUUCUAUAUCCCA